UGCCUUCGGUUUCCCUGCAGGAGGUGGAGUCGGCAGGAUGGGUGUCGGGACAUGCUGAUCUCCCCUUGAGACAGCCAGCAGGCGUCCUGGUCAUGGAGGACUGCAACGUGCACUCGGCUGCCAGCAUCCUGGCCUCGGUGAAGGAGCAGGAGGCUCGCUUUGAGCGGCUGACACGGGCACUAGAGCAGGAGCGGCGCCAUGUUGCCUUGCAGCUGGAGCGUGCCCAGCAGCCUGGUGUGGGCAGUGGUGGCGUGGGCAGUGGGCAACCCCUGCCGAUGGCCUGGCAACAGCUGGUCUUGCAGGAGCAGAGCCCGGGCAGCCAGGUCUCACUGGCCACAAUGCCGGAGGCGCCGGAGGUGCUGGAGGAGACCGUGACGGUGGAGGAGGACCCCGGCACCCCCACCUCCCACGUGUCCAUCGUCAUGUCAGAAGAUGGCACUACGCGGCGCACGGAGACCAAGGUCACCAAGAUGGUCAAGACAGUGACUACACGCACCGUGCGCCAGGUGCCCAUGGGCCCAGACGGCCUCCCCCUUCUGGAUGGUGGCCCCCCGCUAGGACACUUCGGUGAUGGCACCCUGGACCGGCACUUCCUGCUGCGUGGGGGUGGCCCGGCGGCCACGCUCUCUCGAACCUACCUCAGCAGUGGGAGUGGCUUUCCUGACAGCCCCGAGCCCCGGGACAUCCCCAGCUAUGGCAGCCUGUCCCGGGGGCUGGGUGUGCGGCCCCCACGCGGUGGCCCUCUUGGGCCCGUGGUGAUGGCCACGCUGCCUGGCCGCCGUGAAGCCUUCACCGAGGGCCCAGAGCCUGUGCCGCCGGCCGGUCGCUCCCAGCCCGAGCGCUUCCAGGCAGAGCCAUAUGGCUUGGAAGACGACACACGCAGCCUGGCUGCCGAUGACGGGGGUGGCCCGGAGCUGGAGGCUGACUAUGGCACCGCCACGAGGAGGCGGCCUGAUUGUGGGCGGGGCCUUCGCACUAGGGCCUAUGAAGACGUGGCCGAUGACGGCGGUGAGCUGAUGGAGGAGAGGCCCCCAUUCCCGGCCACAGCAGCACCCCUGGCCCAGCCAGAACGGGGCAGCCUGGGCAGCCUGGACCGGAUGGUGCGGCGCUCGCCCUCUGUCGACAGCGCCCGUAAAGAGCCACGCUGGCGGGACCCUGAGCUGCCCGAGGUACUGGCCAUGCUGCGGCACCCCGUGGACCCCGUGAAGGCCAACGCAGCUGCCUACCUGCAGCACCUGUGCUUUGAGAACGAGGGUGUCAAGCGGCGUGUGAGGCAGCUGCGGGGGCUGCCCCUGCUCGUGGCUCUGCUGGACCACCCAAGGGCAGAGGUGCGGCGCCGGGCCUGUGGGGCACUGCGCAACCUCUCCUAUGGCCGAGACACUGACAACAAGGCCGCUAUCCGGGACUGUGGCGGCGUGCCCGCCCUGGUGCGCCUGCUGCGGGCCGCCCGGGACAAUGAGGUCCGAGAGCUCGUCACAGGCACACUCUGGAACCUGUCAUCCUACGAGCCCCUGAAGAUGGUCAUCAUUGACCAUGGCCUACAGACACUGACCCACGAGGUCAUUGUGCCCCAUUCGGGCUGGGAGCGAGAGCCCAAUGAGGACUCCAAGCCACGGGAUGCCGAGUGGACGACUGUCUUCAAGAACACAUCAGGCUGCUUGAGGAACGUGAGCUCAGAUGGCGCAGAGGCCCGGCGGCGACUUCGGGAAUGUGAAGGGCUGGUGGACGCGCUCCUGCAUGCCCUUCAGUCAGCCGUGGGCAGGAAGGACACAGACAACAAGUCGGUGGAGAACUGCGUAUGCAUCAUGCGGAACCUGUCGUACCACGUGCACAAGGAGGUGCCCGGGGCCGACAGGUACCAGGAGGCCGAACCUGGGCCCCUGGGCAGUACUGUGGGCUCCCAGCACCGGAGGCGGGAUGAUGCUGGCUGCUUUGGUGGCAAGAAGACCAAAGAGGACUGGUUCCAUCAAGGGAGGAAGGAUGGUGAGAUGGACCGAAACUUUGACACGUUGGAUCUGCCCAAGAGAACGGAGGCCGCCAAAGGCUUUGAGUUGCUGUACCAGCCCGAGGUGGUGCGUCUCUACCUCUCACUCCUCACGGAGAGCCGGAACUUCAACACCCUGGAGGCUGCGGCUGGUGCCCUACAGAACCUCAGUGCUGGCAACUGGAUGUGGGCCACCUACAUUCGCGCCACCGUGCGCAAGGAGCGCGGUCUGCCAGUGCUGGUGGAGCUGCUGCAGUCCGAGACCGACAAGGUGGUGCGCGCUGUCGCCAUUGCCUUGCGGAACCUUUCGCUGGACCGACGCAACAAGGACCUCAUCGGGAGCUAUGCCAUGGCCGAGCUGGUGCGGAACGUGCGCAAUGCGCAGGCUCCAGCGCGACCUGGGGCCCGCCUGGAGGAAGACACUGUGGUGGCCGUGCUCAACACCAUCCACGAGAUCGUGUCCGACAGCCUGGACAAUGCACGCUCGCUGCUGCAGGCCCGUGGCGUGCCAGCGCUGGUGGCCCUUGGCGCCUCCAGCCAAUCGGUGCGAGAGGCGAAGGCUGCGUCCCACGUGCUGCAGACUGUGUGGAGCUACAAGGAGCUGCGUGGCGCCCUGCAGAGGGAUGGCUGGACCAAGGCACGCUUCCAGUCAGCUGCUGCUAAUGCCAAGGGGCCCAAGGGAGCACUGAGUCCCGGAGGGUUUGAUGACAGCACACUGCCACUGGUGGACAAGAGCCUGGAUGGUGAGAAGCCAGGCAGCCGGGAUGUGAUCCCCAUGGAGGCCCUUGGCCCAGAUGGAUACUCCACGAUGGACCAGAGAGAGUGGAGGGCUCGAGGCAGUGCCCCCGCAGGGGAGACCUCUGAGAAGGAACCGUUGAAACCUGACCCCAGCAGGAAGGCUCCUCCUCCGGGGCCCAGCAGGCCCGCGGUCAGGCUGGUGGACGCUGUGGGGGACGCUAAGCCUCAGCCCGUUGACUCCUGGGUCUAGCUUGCAUGCCUGGGCCUGGGCCCAGCUUUUCAUUCUUAGGAAUCUGAUCAUGGGAAGAAGGGAACUCCAGGGCCAGCCUGCACAGACCCAGCCUCGGAGCUUGGAGCCCCCUGGCGGCAGGGGUCGGCAGUGCCUCUGCGCGGGAGCCAAGGCUGGACUUUCUGGACACGCCUCCCUUCCCACUCCCUCGCUCCCUCCCUCCUAACUCCCUAGGCAGAGUUAGCUGUUUACUGACAUGGUGCUGUGUGCAUGGUGCUGUGUGCAAGUGCGAGAGAAGGCUGGGGGGGCUGCAGGGCAGGGUCCAGGGAGGCAGCAGGAGAGGGGGCCUGGCUUUGCUUUGGGGUCGGAAGAAUAGGAGGAGAGUGUAGUUGCCCCAGAAGAACUGGGCAGCUGGCCCUGGGAACAGGCAGCUGGGCAGGGAGGGGGGCUCAGGAGUUUGACUCUGAAGGGUGGAGGGGAUCCCCUGGGUCUCCACUCCUGCUCCCCUCCCCCCCACAGGCCAGCCACUGGGCUGCUCUAGGGGGGCUGACCUCGCAGAGUGGAUUGGAGACAGCGAGAUGGGGGUCAGGCUGUUCUAGCCCCCACCCUGCCCUUGGAUGCGUGGAACCCCAGUGCAGUGGGAGCCUCCCUAGGUACAUUGGCCCGGGCGCAGCCUCUGCGCCCUGUCUGCCAGAGCCCGGGGACUGACCCCGCCCGGACUGACCCUCCGCAGCAGUGGGGGACUGCUGUUCAGUGCCUGCUGUUUGUGACUUCAAAACAGAAGAAAAACACUGACAAAAAGCAUUAAAAACAAAACCAAAAUAA